UGUGUUUAGUUGGAGUGGGGUUUCGGGAGCGCAGUAUCAUCUCCCUCUCACGGGCGCGUUGCCUCGCUUAUUGUUUGAGCGAACUCGUGUGUUACCCAGUCGACUCAUUUUACGCGGAUACACGUUUGAAGGAAAGAACCGUUUAUGGUCCUGGCUGAAGACUUCACGAUGUCUCGCACCGACGAGGUUCACCGCAUGACGGAAAAUGUCUAUAAGACCAUCAUGGAGCAGUUCAACCCCUGCUUACGGAACUUUGUUGCCAUGGGGAAGAACUAUGAGAAGGCCCUUGCCAAUGUGACAUUUGCGGCCAAAGGGUACUUUGAUGCUCUAGUCAGGAUGGGGGAACUGGCCAGUGAAAGUCAAGGAUCCAAAGAUUUAGGGGAUGUGCUGUUCCAGAUGGCGGAGGUCCACAGACAGAUCCAAGUGCAGCUAGAGGAGAUGUUGAAAUCCUUCCACAAUGAGCUGCUCUCUGAACUGGAGAAGAAGGUGGACCUGGAUUCUCGUUAUCUGACUGCUGCCCUGAAGAAAUACCAGAUCGAACACAAGAGCAAAGGGGAAAGUCUGGAGAAGUGCCAGGCUGAGCUGAAGAAGCUGCGCAGAAAGAGCCAGGGCAGCAAGAACCCCUCCAAGUAUGGAGAGAAGGAGAUGCAGUUUGUGGAGACCAUCAGCAGUAAGCAGACCGAGCUGGACACCUUCAUCGCCGAGGGAUACAAGACAGCCUUGUCCGAGGAGCGUCGCAGGUACUGUUUCCUGGUGGACCGCCAGUGUGCCGUGGCCAAGAACAGCAGCGCCUACCAUGGCAAGGGUAAAGACCUUCUGACUCAGAAGAUCCCAGUUUGGCAACAGGCUUGCUCAGACCCCAACAAGCUGCCAGAGAGGGCCAUGCUCCUGGCCCAGCAGAUGGGCUCAACGGCCCUCGGGGGCACAAGCCCCCUGCAUACCUCCAAAUCUAACUUGGUCAUCUCAGACCCGAUCCCCGGGGCCCAGCCUCUCCCUGUGCCCCCAGAGCUGGCUGUUUUCAUGGGCAGUGGCCUGGGACACCCCGCGAGGCUGAUUGGCCCUGAUGGUGUUUCUAUGGUAAAUGGGACAACAGGUGUCCAUGGAGAGGAAUAUUGGACGGAUGGUAGUACUGUAUCCGUGCCCCAAGUCAGGCCUUCAUCCCCCCAGGCGCAGGGCCAGUCCCAGUCCCAGCCCCCCCAGAGGCAGGUCAGCGAUGUCUACUCCAACACCCUCCCGGUCCGCAGGCCUGCUCCCACCAAGAAUAAGAACCCCGUGGGAGAGACACGAACCCUGCCCAGGUCCAGUUCCAUGGCGGCGGGCCUGGAAAAGAACGGCCGUGCCCGUGUGCAGGCCAUCUUCUCCCAUGCUGCAGGUGACAACGGUACCCUGCUCAGUUUCUCUGAGGGAGAUGUCAUCACCCUGCUCGUGCCUGAGGCCCGCGAUGGCUGGCACUAUGGGGAAAAUGAGAAGAACAAGAUGCGUGGCUGGUUCCCGUUCUCCUACACGCGUGUGCUGCCUGAAAGCGACAGUGACAAGCUCAAAGUGAACCUGCACCAUGGGAAAAGUAGCAGUACGGGGAAUUUGUUGGAGAAUGAUGCAUCACUGCCCACACCUGACUACGGCCUGACUGCCCGACUGCUGGCACAGAGCCUCGCACAGACCCGCCCACGGCCCUACAGCACGGCAGGCUUUGCCCCACAGCCUGCUAUUGAGGAUUAUGACGCCCGCUUUGCCACGAGUAGCGGUUGGUGGGUGGAGGAUUGCGUUGAGCGAGAGAGCCAGAGCGGGGCCUACCUGCUCGGCAUGCAGCGCGAUGGACUCUGAAUACUCUAUCUCUGAUCACGGUCCACCAUCACGGACCGAUCUCUCAAGAGACUGCCUUGGCUACUGCUUGUCUUUCAUGCAUGUACAUGGUUGUGUCAUUCUGUCAGACUAAAGGACAUGUUCAUGUACUGUUCAAGUGCCGAAAGACUUCAACGUCGCUGUACUACAGCCACUGGCUGAAUGGCCUUUUUUUAAGCACACGUGGGCCCAGUAUUAUCGAGUUCCCACCCAACACACACAUGCUCGAAAAAAAAACCCCGCUUUGUUUCCAGUCAGGCUGUGCAGCAGAUUACUAUGUUUCUGUUCCGAGAGAUCCCGUAGGUCGCACUGUGCUUCCUUGUGUCAGUCCUCGACUUGUUUUUCCGUCCAGAGGGUGUGUGUCAUAUUUGUCUUACUUUGCUUCUUUUUCUUUCUUCGAUUAAACACAUACUUUGUGUGCAAUGGAGCACAUUUUGAAAUUGAGCUUUGAGAAUAUACAGAAUAUAUAUCUACAUUAUAUAAAUUGUUUCCCGUCAGUGAGCCAAGUUGCACUGUUUUAUGAGCAGUGCAAAACGAGUCUUCAUUUAAAUUUACAAUGAAACUUUCCACUCUCAGCCCCAUUCUUGGCUGAAUUUAUUGCCAGAGUUGUUUAGUCCAAAUGAAAAUGCCUCUCUCCAAUAAUCUUUAGUAUGGUCUUUUUUUCUGAAGCUAUUGAGUUCGGAGGGAUCUUCUGUUGAGUAAUCUCAUUAACAGCUGUUAUUUAGUUUUUAGGUUGAAUGACAACCACGGCUUCUUCAGCUCUGUGUUCUUUCGAUGUAGUUUUUGAUCUUUUUUAUUUAUUUUUUUAUUCUCCUUGUUAAAAAAGAAAAUUACAAAAAGCUAUUUCCAGACACAAUGAGAAACUACUGAUUAGUUGAAGUGUUUAUCUUAUGCAUGCUGUGGAGGGAAACCAGAAAAUGUGAUACUAAAAAUUGACCUUGAAUGUAUGGUGACUUUUUACAAAGGUAUUCUAAAUAAAACAUAUCUCUAUAUAUUAAUAAACAGUUUGGUCUGACGAGAAAUCUGUUAUGUCAGUGACGCUGACAUUUUCAGUUUUGUUUAACUUUUUUUCCCCUCAUGUUUCAAAGUUAUGGCUUUUAAAUAAUUUUAUUUUUUCCCACAUUAAAUGUUAAUGAUGUAAAGAAGCAAGUGCCAAGAAGUUUGGCUUUUAUGCUUAACAAUUUACGAAAAAAAUAACAAUUGUCAACAAAUUGGCCAUUAAUUUUUUCUUUUUUAUCAAUACUUGAUCAUUAGAUUUCUCAACUGUUGACGAGUAUAAUUAGGCCCAAGCAAUUUGAUUGAGCUGUAUCUGUAGAAAUAUCCACCUCUUAAGAUGUAUGCACAGUGUGUCCAUUGAAUAUUUUUUACUAUGUCUUUUUUGUUCUUUCCUCUUUGUUCUUGCUUAAUUAACUUUUUUUUUUUAAUAGCUCAUUAAAGCAAUGAAUGCAGUCUAGCGGUAUGGUGAACUUUUGUUUUUUUUCUUGUUUCAAAGUUAUGGCUUGAAACAGGUUAUUCUUCUUUUUUUCAACAUUAAAUGUUUAAAUGAAUUAUUUUCUCAAAACUUCCA